UUUCCCUGCAGAUGUGCCUCAGCAGGAAGAGUAGGACCCAAUCUGAGCUGACCUUCACUGGAGAAGAUGCCUUCCUCAACUACCUUGAUCUUCAUGGUCAUCUUCUGCCUGGAGUCAUUGGCUGCUAUGUUGCAGAAUGGCUUCAUGAUCACUGUGUUGGGCAGGGAGUGGGUGCGGUGCCAGGCACUGUCCGCAGGCGACAUGAUUGUGACCAGUCUCGCCGUCUCCCGGUUCUGCCUGCAUGGGAUGGGCAUCCUGAACAACUUCCUGGCCUCCUUUAAGUUUUGUUACCACAUUGGCUACCUCAACAUCUUCUGGAACUUCUUCAACAGUCUCUCUGUCUGGCUUACCUCCUGGCUUGCCGUCUUCUACUGUGUGAAGAUCUCGUCCUUUUCCCACCCUGUUUUCUUCUGGCUGAAGUGGAGGAUCUCUUGGUUAGUGCCCAGGCUGCUGGUGGGCUCCCUGAUCAUCUGUGGCCUGUCAGCCAGCUUCUUUGCCAUUGAACAAGCAGUGAAUCUUGAGACGAUCAACUCCCAGAAUCCCCACGGAAACUGUACUGCUGCUCCAGCAGUACUGACCUUCUCUCGGUACUACUUUUCAUGUAAUGUGGGGUUUAUGUGGCUCAUUCCAUUCCUUCUGUUCCUGGUGUCCAUCUUCUUGCUCAUGUUCUCUCUAUGCCGGCACAUGGGGCACAUGAGGAACGGCAGGCCUGGGCCUGGCGAUCCCAGCAUCCAGGCUCACAGCAUGGCUCUGAAGUCCCUUGCCUUCUUCUUUAUCUUCUACAACGCGUAUUUCCUGUCCCUGAUCAUUUCUGCUAUGAAAAUCACAACCAUCCAGAGUCACUGGCAUUGGGUCAGGGAAGUGCUAACCUACGCAAGCAUCUACCUGCACUCCCUCAUCUUGGUGCUAAGCAGCCCCAAGCUGAGAAAGGCCCUGAAGAUGUGCCUCCUGUGUGCUGCCAGUUCAUAGGUUCUGAAGGCCCUGAACAAGGGGUGAUCUGGGUCUUAAGUUACCCACAUCUGGAACCAGUACUGUGAUGAACAGUCCCAUGUGGCAAGACUUCAGAAGGUUCGGGUACUUUCUCUUUUCAGUUCUUCCUCUCCCCACAACCCACUCGUUGCAUGUCCCACUAAAUCUUUUUCCAUCUCUCUGUGUUCCCCCUGUCUCCUUCACUGUGGCUAAACCCUAAUCUGAGUCCCAAUCCCUUUGGCCGUAGCUCAUGGCCUCAUUUCCUCACAGGCCUGUCAGACUCUCUGUGCAAGCAACCUAAGAACAUUCUCCAAGCUACACUCCCUUUGUGAAGACUUGUACCCAUCAUCAAUGGUCUCCAUAGGCGAACAAAAGUUGUUUUUAGUGGCCUGGAUUCCCAACACCACCCCCCUUGUGACACCAGCUGCCUCCUCAUCUCCUCAUCUCAGUCUCUCUGCAGUACAGCUUCUUUCCAUCUCCCCACAUCUCCUUCCCUUCCACCAUUUAUCCCUUGGCCCACCAGAGAAUUGAAACGUCCCUCAUGUUUCUUUCUUCCUCCCUUCUUUCCUUUCUCUGCCAGUCUUUGCCAUUCCCAUCUUUUGUGUCCUAAAGACUGAUUCUACCCAGGAAGCUUUCUCAGUUUGAUCCCCUGGAAGGCUGAGGACACACAAGAGCUUUGUGCUACUUCAGAGGACACAUAAGCUCGUUGUGCUAACAUACCACAUGAUUUCAUGUGUUGGCUACAUGCUGCAUUAAAAGGAACUGUCUGACGUGGAAAUGAUUUUAGGGUUUGGACAACAGAAGAUAGAUGGAAAAAGAAGGAAAUUCUCAACAAGUCUUAAUUUUGAUAAUUCUGUUCUUCCCGGCUGUUACCAAGGAGGUGCCUCCUGGAUGCUAUUGCCUAGGAUGUUAAUCUCCAGACAGAGCUUAUACACUGAGAGUACGAAGAAAAUCAUCAACUUCAAUAUCCAUUUGCUGUUUAUCUUCUUCAAAUUCCUAUUAUUCUGUGUAUCUUAUGAGGUAAACAAAGAAGUACAUAGAUAUAAUUAAUAAUAAAUUUGCAUACGUUUGAACUAGUCAAACGAGGAGUAAUUAAUAAAUAACAUGACAGAAAGGGAGUUACAAUGAAUUUCAAAUAAAUAACUUCAUUUUAUGGUAAAUUGUGCAACAAUCCUGGAAAGCUGAGACCCCCCCCCCAAAAUUACGUUUCAAUGUUAGCUGGAGUCCAAGCUAUAGCAGGAGAGAGAGGGGGAUGCCCAGAGAAGGGAGAGCAGACUGAUUAAUUUUCUCUAGGAAAAUGGUAAUUAAAGCUUUAAAAGAGGAGAUUUUGGCAAAUAACACAGAGAGUAGGGACGAGAGGCAGAGCAGAGGGGCCUUGUGGGAAACUGGUGCUAUGGCCACACUAAUAUUCUAGAACCUUUGGGUCUAACUGAAUUGGGGCACCAACUGAACACACAGUAGCCUCAUCAUCAAGCACAAAGGGCUUUUCCUUUUAAACUCAUUUUGCAGCAACAUGAGGGAGCAGAUGCCACAGAGGGCUGGAUGGGGGCAGCAGAGGCAGGGGCAUCAGGGUGACUGCUCCGUCCCCUCUCUUCAGCUGUGAGCUUUUGGAAGACUGUCUGUCCUUGGGCAUCUCUGCAGCCCUUUCCUGAAGGUCUCCGGUGGAAAGGGCCUGGUGAUCUGACUCAAAUUCUGCCGCAUUUUCACACCCCUUGAGUUGUGCCAGAGCUUCUAUUUAGAGUUCUUCACUGGGUGGUAUUCUCAGCCUCCUUUCCUAAACUCCAACUCAUGAGCAUUAAAAGUGUCUGGUGGCUUCACCUUGAUUAAAGAAAAAGUCCGGUAUCUCAUCCUGACUGUCCUGGCUUUCUCUGGUCUCUCUCCAGCCUAUCUUUUCAGAUCAAUGUGCCACCUUCCCUUCUGUGAGUCCCCUGUGGUACCCAACCUUACCUAAUCAUUCUUGACAUAAGCGUAUUUCCACCGCCUUUCCUGAUGCUUUGUCCUCUGCCAACAUGCAAGAAAGCAGCUUUCUUGUCUUACAACAAUGGAGCUUCUUCUGCUGCUGCUGCUGCUGAACUAUUUGGAGAAUCCUUGGGAUGAGAAUAGGAGGAUGCACAAUGUUUAGAAACUUUUUUUUUUCUUGGUGCUGGGAUUGAACCCAGGGCUUCACCCUUGUUAGGUAAGCACUCUAGCACUGAGCUGUACCCUAAGCCUGGGAGGGUGAAUGAUAUUUAGAACCACAGCAUGUGUUUGGAUCAAUCUUUUUAAAAAAAUUAUUCUGACAGAAAUCUUUCUGAAUUGAGAAUUUCCCAGCUAGACAACCUGCUCUAGAUUCUUAUGCUACCAUGCUCGUGAUUACAUUUGUAAAGACUCUGAAAAAUUUUAAAUUCUCAGAUUUGGAUUCUACUUAAAAAAAUGAUGUAAAUUUUAGAAGCAAAAUGCCACAGACAAAAACUCACCACAAUAAAAAAAUUAAAAUAAAAUCACAAUAAAAAUCAUAAAACACUUUAAAUGAAAAUGACUGUUCACUGCUUGGGGUUAAUUUAAUUGCCCAGGAAAUGUUUGUGGUUUAGGAUUAGUGCAAAAAGAGGUUUCAGGGCAAAUGUGUAAAUCAGCGUUGCAGCCCCAGUGCCCAGUGCUUUUCAUGGAGUUAUAUGACAUGGGAGAUGGUUAAAAAAUUGUUGCUAAGUGAAUUGAGGGAUAACUGCACAUCUUUCUCAUGGUAGGAGCCAUUGAAAGGGUAGGAGGUGGAUGGAAAAGAUAUGAGUUUUCCAUAUUGAGAAGUUACUGGUUAUUUAAACCACAGAGUUAUAAGCCCAUACUUUGCCUCAUUUCUCCAAGUUUCAUUGGAAAACAGCCAAAUAUCAGCCAGAGGAACCACGAGAAGGAAGAAGCAGCUGGGAACUGUGUUCCAUGGAAAUUUGCAUUUCCACAAGAGUGUGGUACCUUCUUCCCUUUAUUCAGGAACACAGUGUCACUACAGUUGGUCCCUGUGUUGGACAAACAAUUCCUCCUGGAGGGAGACUGGAAAUGGAAAGACAUGCAGAAUAACUAUUCUUCAUUCUAGUCCCUCUUUGUUCUGGCUAAGAGAUGGGGA